AUGCGUUUUAACAUAACGAAUGAUUGUGCUGCAUUUAUCUAUUCCACUGUCUCGAAUAUUGAUUAUUUUCAUAUGACAAUCGACGAGAAUAACAAAGUUGAUGAUGAUAAAGUUCCUGAAGGAAAAGAACCAUCUUCGACAGAAGCAGAUAUACUACGUGAUCAAACGAAAGAUGUUAAUGUAAAAACUUCCGCCGAGAUAGCAGAGCCUACCGGUCCGGCAUCUUCUGUUACUAAUAAUAACAAUAGUGACGAUGCUGAUAAUCGAAAACAAGAACCGACGACCGAAUUGGACGAAAUAGCAACUAAGCAAGAAGUAGCAGAAGAGCCCGAAAAAAAGAGUGCAAAUAGUACAAAAUCAAAACGAAAAAGCUCGUCUAGUCCAAAGAAAAAAGCAAAAUCGUCUUCAUCUACAAUACCAAACGAUUCUUCCCCAGAUGAAAAAGAUGGCCCAGUUCAAAAAGCAAUCUCAACCGAUGCUAAUGGUGAAGAGAACGCAAAUGAAGUGAAUUCACCUUCAACACAGCCAACUGAGGACGAAAAGCCACUUUUUGAACAACCAAUUUUAUUAGAAGGCAAAAGACGUCGAACAGCUACUGCUCGAUUGGAAAUAAAUGAACUUACGCCAAAAAAAGAAGUUCAAUUACCAAAAGGAAACGGAAAGCCACUCGGCGAAAUUGAAUAUAUCAAUUAUCAAAUUACGAAUACAAACGGCGAACAAUUGGUUCCAUUGCAAUACAUAUGUUUUGGACGAAAAGUGGCUCAUGCGAAUAUGAAAAAAACACUUCGAACAUUUAAUGGCUUUGAUUUCAAAAAAGGUACCAGUGAAUAUGAACGAACAAUCAGUAGAUUAUUAAAAUAUAAAAAAUCACAAUUAAAAGUAUUUCUUGAUGUUCUUGGACUGCAUCAAAACGGUAGAAAUGAAGAACAAGCCGAAAGAAUAUUGGACUUUCUUAUUGAACCGUAUGAUGAAGGAAAAAAAUUACCAAAAAAAGUGUCAAAACAAAAUUCUGCAUCAAAAAAAAGACAAUCGACCGACAGUAGUUCAAAAGCUUCCGGUAUUAAACGAAAUAAUAAAACAACGUCGGAAACGAUUGAUGAAUCUAAUAUGGAUUCAAAUGAUAAAGACGAUCCUAUAGAAGACGAUGACGAUGAAGAACGGGAAGAAGAGGAAGUUGACGAAUAUGAGCCAGGCAAAGGUAAGAAGAAAUCAUCACCCAAAAAGAAAGUACGUUCAUUGAAUAAUAAAAAUAGUGCGUCAAAAGACAAAGGUCAAAAACGUAAACGUGUGUCAGCAACGACCAAAGAAGACUCGAAAAAAAUCAGGAAUGACACAACAGUGAAUGAUGAAAACGAUGACGAGAAAGAAACGACGAAUGCAUCAGGAGAUACUAACGAAACAUCUCCAAUAUCAGAAGACAAUGUCGCAAACAAUAUAAAACACAAAAAUGAAACAAAAGAACCAAGUGAGGAUUCUCUUCGUUCAACAGUAAAAAGAAUUUUAAAUGGAGUUGAUUUAUCAGGUGUUACAAUGAAAAAUGUUCUUAAAGACGUUUAUUCUAAAUAUCCUGACUUUGAUUUAACAGACCGAAAAGAUUUUAUAAAAGAUAUUGUCAAAGAAAUGGAAUAUUCAGAAGAAGUCAAGGAAUUAUGCAGUUCAACGAAAGAUUCACAAAAUCUAUUGUCACCUAUAUGUCAAUGUCCAAUUUGUUUUCAUGAUAUUUUUGAUGCACAAGAAAUAUAUAAAGUUAAUGCGUGUAGUUGUAUGUUUUGUAGAAAAUGUGUUUAUCAAUAUUGCACAAAUCAAUUAGAAAUAAACUUUAUACCAAUUGCUUGUCCAAAUGCAAAUUGUAAUGGAAUUCUUUCAAUUAAUGAGCUAGAACCAGCGUUGAAUACCAAACAGAUUCAGCUAUACGAAAAAUUACUUCUUAAUCAUGAAGUUGCGUUAGAUCGUAAAAAAUUGUUUUGUCCAGGAGUCAAUUGUGGCCAAAUAUGUACUAUUCCAGAUGAAAAUGACCUUACAAAAAAGGCUCCUAUUACAUGCACAAACUGUAGAUUGACUUUUUGUAUUAAAUGUCGAGAAAUUUGGCAUGAAGAUCGCCCCUGUCCUGAUGAUGGAAUUCCAUUUGAAUCUGAGGCAGAAGCAAGCAUCAAACGUUGUCCAAGAUGUCAACUUCCAAUUGAACGUUUAGUCGGUUGUGCACAAAUGUUAUGUCGUAGAUGUAAGCACAUCUUCUGCUGGUAUUGUUUAACAUCUCUUGAUAAUGAUUUUUUCCUACUACAUUAUGAACGAGGUCCAUGUCGAAAUCGCCUCGGCCAUACUCGAAUAUCCCUUUUUCUUCAUAGAAUAACAAUUGUUGGAAUAUUUGCUGGACUCAGUGUUUUACUGUUAAUUGCCACACCAUUUUUAAUAUUAGCUACGCCUUGUAUUAUAUGUUGUCGGUGCAAAGAAUCGAAAAGUCGAUCAGGUUACUACGCAAAAUGGAGACGACGUUUCCGUGAAGCUCGUGGUCGCCGUGCGUCAGAUGAAUUAACAACAUUAGAAAUUGAUCAGUCGACGUCUUUAUCGAAAAUAGAAACAGCAGCAUUUUCUACUCCUCCUAUUUUCACUACUAGAACUGAUGAUCAUCUUGAAGUUUCAACUGAAUAA